UGCACAUAACUGCUGCACCUGGGGCUAAGGAUGCAUUCAGUUGUGCAUUAAAUAGCAACACUGAGUGCACAUAACAUGCUGCACGUGCAGGCAGGCAUUUCGUAAUUGCUUUGUUGAAUAAUUGGUUAAAUCUCCAUGUAGCAUAUUGUAUUUGGGACCGGGCAGGCACUAAAUAGUGCAUGAGAUAGUGCACUAAGUGUGCGUGCAGUAUGCUGUACUUGAUGUUGUGCACGCAUUAAGCAGUGCAUUAAAUAAAUGCAUGGCAUGCUGAACCCAAGACCCUAGAAAGGAGAGAACGCAAUGCCAAAAGGAACUACUGCAGGACACAGCCAUGUACCUGGCCGCAGCUUUGGCUGGGCAAAGCUAAAGCCAUGCUGAAGUUGCUUUGCAUCCUGUUCCAGCUCACUCUGCGUGCUGUGGAGGAUGCUCAGGGCUCAGUGCGAGCUCCUGCAGCCCUCUGCUUGGGGGACCUGGGCACAGGAGGAGUUUUGGGAUGCUGUUACCCAGUUCUGGUUCAAGAACUGGGUAGCAGGAGCUCAGAUCUGCGUUUGCAGAGCCAGUGGUGGUUGCGUGAGAUGCUGCCAAGUGCUGGGGUGUACUACUUCCCAUGGGAAAUCAACAGCUCCAUCCCAGAAGGGGAAGCACUGAGGACAUUUGGCAGGCUAAGCUGCUAUGACCUGGCCCGAUCCGAAGCCACUCUCAGCACUCAGCAUGGCUCAGCCCAGCACCACGUCCACAUCGACACCACGCUGGUGGAACCAUUUGAAGCCCAGCUGGGAUCUCUCUACAUGGUCCUGGGAGAGGCUGAACGCAGGGAAGGUGAGAGUCCUGUGAUAAAAGCCCGAAUAUUGACCUGUGUGGAAGGGAUGAACAUGCCUCUGCUGGAACAAGCCAUCCAGGAGCAGAGAAAGUACUUCCAGGAGAGGCAGCAGCAGAUGGAAUCUGGCACGUCCUGACAGCAGCUCUGACCCCAGCCUGUGCUGGUCCCCACCACGGCCGUCUGGCAGCUGCCAUCUGUAGAAAACAUUUGGAAAGUGUAUUUAGAAGGUGGGUUUGAAACAUUGCUGCUUUUUGCCAUGGCAAAGAGAGAAGUCACUAAAUAGGAAAGUACAUGAAGAUUGAACCAGUACGUAAAUGUGGAGCUGCCAGUUUGUGCUAGUUGUCACCAUGGAAAAUGACUCUGGGAAGCAAAUUUGUUGUUUAAGAGAGUGGUUAAGGAAAAAGGGUGCUUGAGUUAACAGCAGUUCUUUUGUAAUGCAGGGCUUGGAGAGGUCAGUAAAAGGCAAAGUCUCUGAACCUCUAGUUAAACAUCUGCACACAUCCGCAUGUGCUGCCAACAUCCUGCAAAUGAGAGGUAAAGGGCAGCAGUGCAAAGUCUGUUAGCCUGCAUGGCUAUGGGUCCACGAGUGCACUGUUGGGUUGUGGUGACUCGGCUGCCACACAGGAGCAUUCGUGGAAAAACACUCAGGUCUGGACUGAACAGCAAAGGAACAAAGAGAGCAAGGAGCCUCUACUUCACUGGGACUGCUUCUUAGAGGGGUCAGGAGCCUGCAUCCAAGAUGCAUGGUUGACUUUUGCUCUAAAUUAAAUAUUUGCACUGCCCUGACAACUGUCACUUGACUUUCUUCCUUGACACAUCUAAGUUUAGGAGACCUUAAAUCAUUAUUUUUGGAAGCAUCUGAAGCUUUUGACUGAUAUUUUCCUAAAUAAAGACAGA